AUUUUGUCUGAACGGCAUCUAUGGCUCCUCUGGUGCUUUCACUUCUCCUUCUAGCCAUGGCUGGACAUUCUAGUGCGUCAUGGUGCGUGUGUAAAACAGGACUGAGUGAUACAGUGCUACAGGGAACCCUAGACUAUGCUUGUGGAAAUGGAGCAGAUUGUAAUCCUACUAAACCAAAACAAUCUUGCUUCAAUCCUGACAAUGUUAGGUCUCAUUGCAACUAUGCAGUCAACAGCUACUUCCAAAAGAAGGGUCAAUCUCCUGGCUCUUGUAAUUUCGAUGGCACUGCCACUCCCACUAACUCCGAUCCCAGUUAUACAGGGUGUACCUUUCCUACUAGUGCCAGUGGCUCUAGCGGCAGCACGACUGUGACACCUGGCACAACCAAUCCGAAAGGCAGCUCAAGCACCACCACACUUCCUGGUAGUGGCACCAACAGUCCUUACUCAGGGAACCCAACCAAUGGAGUUUUUGGGGGCAAUAGCACAGGAGGCACCACUGGGACAGGGAUUAAUCCGGAUUACACGACAGAAAGCAGCGCGUUUGCUCUCAAGAACUCAAGCAAAUUGUUCGUCUGCCUUCUCUUGGUUGCUUCGAGUGGAUUCUGUUCUUUCUUGAUGCUCUAAGGUGGUUAAUGGUCUCUGGUUUUGUGGGUGCACUUAGUUAUUGUCUCAAGGACACUGGUCUAGUUUAGUGGUAAUCUCUGUCUCUGUGUUAUGCCCUUAUGGGUCUAUCUUAUGUUUUUUGUUGUAAGAAGAUUUCAGCUCUUGCAUUUAAUCUUACCUCUUGACUGCUCUGGUAGAUUUGAUGCCAGUGAAAAAUUUUAUAUAUAAAUUAUCUUGUCUCUG